AUGACAGACUACGGCGAGGAGCAGCGCAACGAGCUGGAGGCUCUGGAGUCCAUCUACCCCGACUCCUUUACAGUAUUAUCAGAAAACCCUCCUAGUUUCACCAUUACUGUGACAUCCGAGGCUGGAGAAAAUGAUGAAACUGUACAGACUACCCUCAAGUUUACAUAUAGUGAGAAAUACCCAGAUGAAGCCCCCCUUUAUGAAAUAUUCUCCCAGGAAAAUCUAGAAGAUAAUGAUGUCACAAGCAUCUUAAAAUUAUUAGCAUUACAGGCAGAAGAAAACCUUGGUAUGGUGAUGAUCUUUACUUUGGUAACAGCUGUCCAAGAAAAAUUAAAUGAAAUAGUGGAUCAAAUAAAAACUAGAAGAGAAGAAGAAAAAAAACAAAAAGAAAAAGAAGCAGAAGAAGCCGAAAAGCAAUUAUUUCAUGGCACUCCUGUUACAAUUGAGAAUUUCUUAAGUUGGAAAGCCAAGUUUGAUGCAGAACUCUUGGAAAUUAAAAAGAAACGAAUGAAAGAAGAAGAACAAGCAGGAAAAAAUAAAUUAAGUGGGAAACAGCUAUUUGAAACAGAUCAUAAUCUUGACACAUCUGAUAUCCAGUUCUUGGAGGAUGCUGGAAACAAUGUGGAGGUAGAUGAGUCUUUGUUCCAGGAAAUGGAUGACUUGGAGCUGGAGGAUGACGAGGAUGAUCCAGACUACAAUCCUGCUGACCCAGAGAGCGACUUGACCGAUUGA